AUGCCUCGCUACUCUGACUCGCGCUCCAGCGUGCUGGAAAGUGACUCCGAGUAUCUUUCUCGUGAGUCCCGCGGGCGCCAUCGGUCCCGUGGUGCUGCGAUCCUCGACCGACCACCGCGCAGAGUUGAAGAUGAAUUUCGCUGGGACGCUCGCUUGCAAGAAACCGAUCGCUUCGGACCUCCAGCUCGCCGACCGAGCAGACACUAUGAAGAUGACCACCUUCACCACUCGGGACCCCUAAUUCGCCAUGAGCGCCGCCAUGCAGAGAGUCCCCCUCCUCGACCCAGGAUGCUGCGCAGACAAUCCUCACUUGAUACAUACGAUCGUCUGCCCUCGCGCAAAAUCGACGAGUACUACCAUGGUUAUCUCCCCCGCGGGGCGCCUAGCCCUCCUCCUGCGCGCCGCAGGGUCCGUCGAGACGAGUAUGAAGCGAUUCGCAUUCCGGAGCGGGAGAGUCGAUAUAGGGAGAGGGUAGAAGAGGUGAAGUCAUAUCCUCGUAAAGGCAAGACUCGCAUGCCCCGGAAGCUCGUACAUACACGUGCGAUCCGUGAAUACGGGUAUCCCUAUGAAGAAGAGGAUGACCUGGUCAUUAUUCAACUAGCUCUUUCCAAAGAGCAGAUUGAUGCCGUCAUUGAGAGAAGUCGCGAGAUCAAGCGUCAGGCUGAAGCCAUUCCUAUAAGAGCACGAUCUCCCGUCCGAGCGACAUCGAGACACAGAAGAGUGGAGCGAGUCGCGAUGGAGACCUUUACCCCAAGUCCAAGGGCGAGUGAGACCCUUAUCGUCGAGCCAGCGUCGGAUCGAUACCUUUCGCCGUCGCCCGCAGGCUACGACUACUCGACGAAGACAACGAGGAGGACUGUGUCCCGGUCUCGGUCGAUUUCCAUUGCACCACGUACCCGUACCCGACGUCAUUCAUCUCCUGUCCGCAUGCUAGUAGCGCCUCGUGACGAGCGCAGCGACAAUCCUGGACAACUCGCGAUGGUUAUACGCCCUCGAGACAGCGAUAGUAGUCUUGAUGACUAUGCCAUCGAUCACUACAGGCCGCCAUUUGACCCGGAAACUGCUCUAUAUGGGCCCAGCGGUGAGGAGGAGGAAGUCUUAGAGAUCAAGAAGGACCGCAGAGGUCCUCCCUCGCGAACCCUUCGCCGCAUGCUUGCAACCAUGACCUAA